CUCGGGAAAAUAAGUUUAUAGGCUUAAGAAGCGAUUGCAGCGUUGUCCGGGGAAAUUGGCACGCCUGGUAACCCCACCGGAGCUCCCGCCGGUUCGCAAGUGCGCCGCGCAUGCGUCGAAAUUGCGCCAAUUUCGCGGGCAGCGGCCUCUGUCGGCAGUACCAGUCCGCAGGCACCCAGGGAUACAGGCGGUGCGUCGCGACGCUGCAAUACCAAGGAAUGGCACUAAUUUUGAAAAUGUCAUAGUUCGAAAAUGGAACGACGUUACGAAUCGACGUUUGCCAGGCUUAGCUAACCUGAGUGUUGUGUUUAGGUUAAGUUUCCGUGUUAAGGAGAUAAGUUGGAAUAGUUUGAGGCUUUAGUUACGUAUGUGAGUGCAGUGUGGCAGAACAUAACCUUGACACGUUUCCCGCGCGAAGUUGCCUCUUGUUUUCAGUUGCACUUCAGUAAAAGCGAGAGCUUCUAAUUAAAAUCAACUUUCUCCUAAUAAACUGUAUAAAUAAACCGGUAUUAUAAAUCUUAGCAGUUAUGUGUGACGUAGGUUUAAUUAAUAUGUAAUUAUAAAAUAGUGACUUUAGAAUGUUGAAAAAUCAAAUGACAAAAUGACAUUUUUGUGACCUAUUCUAAGAAGAAAGCGGUGCCGCGGUACUGCCAAAAUGAGAUUUUACAAAGAAUACCACAUCGCUGUCAAAAUAAUCUUCAUCAUCACAAUCAAACUGACUGACUGCGACGUCGUCACCGAUACACCAAAUGGCAUCAUCACCGGAUUUCAAAGAGACUCGUACUCCAUAAAAGACAUACCAGAGCCAGAGAGUUUGCCCGUACUAACGGGUAACACUACAUGUCGCAUCUCGGAGUAUCAAUGUACUAAUAAGAAAUGUGUUCCGAUAAACCGAUUCUGCGAUGGGAGUAACGACUGUGGGGAUUCGUCGGAUGAACCCAGGCACUGCACACGUUGCAACAGGACUUACUACGGGGACAUUGGCCGCACGUACGAGUUGGAGCUCCAUCGGCCGCGCGAAGACCUCGUGCCAUACGUGUGUCUCCUUACCAUCACGGCGCCUGGGGGCGUGCAUGGAGACUUGGUUCAGGUGUUAUUCGAUAGUUUCACUCUCGGUCGCUUCACGUCCUUCACAGAAGAUGGAUGUCCAGAUGGCUACAUGCAAAUCCAAGAGGCCAGUAGGCCGCAAGUCGGCGGCUCCUGGUGCGGGACCUCGUGGGGCCCGUCGAUAUACUACAGCGAAACAAAAUCCAUUACGCUCAUUAUACGCUUAUUACACUUAUCGAAAGAACAGAAUAAUUACAAUUUUGAUUUCCGUAUGGCGUAUAAAGUGUUGAGAAGAGAAUAUGCCACAGUACGAUUUGGAGGAACGCCUCCGUCAGAACGUCCUUUUUUCAAGCUCAGGCCUAUGCCUUAUCCCGUAAACAUAUCACGGGGUGAAGAUACGAACGUCGCUAGAACGACAAAAACCGAGUAUUACCUCGGGGAUUUGAUCUCCGGAACUUAUUGCUCGCGAAUCUUCAGCGACUGCGAUCGUAAAAACUGUAGGCUACAGUCGCCUAAUUUCCCAGGCGUUUACCCCAGAAACUUGACCUGUUACUACGCCGUGCGACAACACGAAGUGCCUCAAGGAAAACACGCUUUAAUUGUGGUGAAACAGCCGAAUGGUCAGCUCGUCUCAAUUAGAAGUCAGAAGGCAUUGUACGCCGCGUCUCAACAAGAGCGCGGAAACAAUGGGCGGGAGCUGAAAGUCUGGCAACAAUGCGACGAAGUGCAAGACUAUGUUACCGUAUACGACGGUUAUACGACGAGAGAUCCUGUUAUUUUGAAGUUUUGUGGCGGCGGCGUCGCUGUUCCUGAGGCGAUAUCGAGCGGACCUGAGUUAUUAGUUGAAUUCACGACGUCACCUUUUGGAACAUUCUUGCAGCCGGCGACUUUGCAGUCAUUACACGGAUUUCAGCUUGAAGUUGAGGUUAGAUUCGUCGAUCAACAGUCGCCAACAUAUGCUAAGAACAAAAGAGCUUGUGAGUUCUGGAUCAGAGGAACGGGAAGGGGGAUCUUAGAACACCCACAACAUUCUCUGCCACCGAAUACAACGUGUCUUUACCAUAUGCAGGGAAUUGACACAUCAGGGCCGUCAGGGCGGAACCUUAUAUACAGAAGGCCCUCAUUUUCUGCCCCUAGAUUCAGAGUAUGGUUCUCCGUAUUAAAAUUCUACGUAAUUAAUGCGCUUAAUCCUAAUUUGCCUGAAGAUGAGUACUGCGGCAGCCAUUUGAAUAUUUGGGACGGUCCUAUGAGAAUAUCACCCGGGUGCAGCGAUAUUUUUUGUGACAAAGAGCGCUCAGUCCAAAUGUCCCGCGCGACAUCAGCUCAAUCGGUGAUCGUUGGUCGACCGCCCACAAACGCCACGCUAAUCGCCCGGUUCUGCCGCGAGCGAGCACCUAGGACCUGUGAGCACGCCAUCUUGAGAAGAUCUAGGACUUGCGCGCGCACAGAAAGCUUCCUGUCGAAAGGAGACUCGCUUACACUGGAAUUGAAGUUGACACAGGGAACGGCUCUGAAGCCAAUAUUCUUCAAAGCACUAUACGAGUUCGUUGACCUCCAUCAAGACGGUGAGCCGUGGGGACGCGGGCCGUGUUCGAGAAGAUUCUCUUCUCGGUCCUUCCCUGAGGCACCUCCAGAUCCACCUGUCACGUUCUCUUCGCCUAGAGAUGUAUUCCUAUAUGGUCGCGGUGGCUCCAGAAAUAUAAGUUGCACCUACCGUUUCGAAGCCAACCCAGGCGAGGUAGUUCGACUCAGAGUGUGGGGCGUCCGCAGCGGUGGCCGUCUUUGCCGCUCAGUACAUUCUGCACAUUCACCCUGGUACCGCUGUGCAGGCGACCCGACGGCGGCCGUCAGGGUAUUUGACAGGCUGUGGAGGGAUAGCGGGCCGGGUGUGCCUAGGGAUUGCUUGUGCAGCGACAUCAACGACUACGAAUUCACAUCGACCUCCACCAUCGCCGAGCUAAAAUUCGACGUGGUGAACAUGUCUGCCGUGGACGACUUCAGGUCUUUCGGCUUUGAGGCGUCGGUGGAGUUCAUCAGGCUAGACACGGUGUGCGAGAGCUCGCACAAGGUGCAUGGCGCUAGUGGCGAGCUGAGGCUGGCGGCUAUGCACCCGGCUUCGGAAGCGGAGCACUGUGAACAUCGUCCAUGGCUAAUCGAUCCAUCACCAGGCCGUUAUCUGUACCUGCAGAUUCAGGGCAGCAUCAUAAAAGAGCCGGAGCUAGACAACUUCACACUUCUGAACAACAUCACCGUGGCUCCAGACUUGCGACAUUUGUGCCGGACGCAGAACAGAAUAGCGGUGUAUGCUGGUGGAUUGUCACCUAUCUUCAUUUGCCCACAACCUCCUGAAGAUCAGUGGGAGGACGUGGUUGAGAUAUUCUCCGAAGGCUGGUCGAAGGAAGUGGACGGUCUAGCGCGUCACGUGCUGGGCCCGCCACCGUCGCCAGACCGAUUCGACCUGGACUGGCCGAGGUCGCUGUCGGUGGAGCUUGUUGCGGUCGAACACGGCUCUUACUACGUGUCCUGGCUGGAACUUUCUAGAAGGCACGCCAGUGAACGUGGCGGUGUAUUCGCCAUGUCCGGAGACUGCGAAUACCGCUGCGCUUCCCUCGACGCCUGCAUAGAGCCCGCACUGUGGUGUGACGGGAUCGCGCAGUGCCCCCACGGGGAGGACGAGCGCCUGGCUCAAUGCUCUGCGCUUCUGCGCGUGCCCGCGCAUUACGCUGCCGCUAUGCUGGCGUUUGCGGUCUUAGUGGCCACCGCUGUCUUGGCAGUAGCUCGCAACUGCCGACGGCGCCGAUCUGCGCUCCAGCAGCGCCUGAAGAGCCUCUCCUCAGACACCGCCAUAUUCGACGAGAAAGAAGUGAUUUGCUGACCAAGCGAGGACUCCGUGCGAUACGUGGAAGUAGACCGCGUCACCACUGUGUGACGUGCUUCCCGCGCGGAGUCCUUAUGGAGAUAUGUUGUUUCAAUUUCCAAAUCGCCAGCUCUGAGGAUGGAAGUGUCUUGUUGAGGAAAUUUGUUCGCAUGAAGGUCAGUUGGCCACACGCAAAAGCAGUACAAAGCUAAUGUUUAAUAUUAUGGUUCCGUAAGUAUUUUUACCGGCCCCAUAACUUUUUAAUAAGUACGUAAACAAGCGCAAGGUAUGCGUAGCUGCAAUUUUAGUUACUUUUUUCUACUCCGCGAUUUAUAUAUGGAUUAUUUAAUGAUCAUAGUUGUCCUGCUACUUCUGCUAAUGUCAGUACUUUUUGUACUGAUAGGGACUAAAAUAGUCUGACACGCUCGUAUGCUUAACGUGAUAUCUGUACUGAGUUUCCUCGAAAUUCAUUUUAGUUGCAUACUACUCUACAGCCUGAUUCAGAAUACAGAAACUUUGAGCAACUGAAAAUAAGUCUUCUCUAUAUUUAUAUACUUCAUCGAACAGGUGGUCUAUUUCUACCCUUUAGCGCUGUGUUGCCAGCUGAUCUUUGUUUGUAAAAAAUAUACGGGUAUUUAAAUAGCUAAUGCAAUAAAAGUGUUGGUAUUCUUAUAGGAUUAGAUGAGAAACGAAAGGUUCGACUUGUUGAUAGGAUUAAUGGUUGUGUGAAAAAGUGUUCGCAUUUUAAGCACUUUUCGUAUGCAGCCAAUUUAUUGGAUUAAUAAUAGACGAUCUCAAUUAAUAUUUAAUAGUAUGAAAAUGGAUAGUGUUUUAAAAUUGAAGUGUUGAGUCCUCACAGCUGGUUCAGAGUCGAAGUUUUAUGAAAUGUAAAUAUGGUUGGAAUAUAAAGACGAAAGAUGUUCUUGAAUUUUGGACCAAGUGCAGUCGAUCGGUGUUUGUAACUUGGUAUAAAUUUUAUAAAAUUAUAUGAUUCAAAUUUAUGUUUUCAUUUGAGCAGGAGGAAAAGAAGUCAACGAAAACGUACAAGAAAAACUAUUAAAUAACGUGAAAAUUCGAAAAAAGUAUCUGUUACUCAAAAUGCAUGUUCUUGCAAAAAAAAUUGUAAAAGGGUAAAUUAAAACCAGACAUGGCAAAAUAAAAUGGGAAACGCACAAUGUAUGAUUCUGGGUGAGACGUGAGAGACCGAUCGACUCUGGCACAAUUUGAGUUACAAUUGUGAUUAUUACAACAUUUGUACAUAAAAAGUGGAUUCGUAGAAAAUAUUGUUCUUAUUCGUUACGGUUUAGGCCCAAUUACAUAACACUAUAGCAGAUACACCUUUCUUGAAUAUAAAAUGGAAUUUCCCUUUGGCAUUCUCGCAAUGACGGAUAACUUAUUAACCAGUUGUUUAAAAUUUGAUUUAGGAUGAGCGACUGAGCGUCAAUACUAUGAAACGAUUUUUGGAUAGAUGACGGUGUGAUAAUAAUAAUUCGAAAACGUGUUACAAUUUCGUGUGGUACCUAUUAGGUGUGCUAUCGAAAGUGUGUUUUGGCCCAUUUAGACGGUACGAGAAUUCACAUACGAGUUUUAUUAUAUACCGAUAUUUGAUGGAUGUGCAAAAUUGUAUGUAACCUCAACAGCCCGCAAUGCAACUAAGGCA